AUGGCUCGUCGACGUUCUGCAAAUUCAAGAAGGGUUGGAAGUUCAAAGUCAAGAUCUUCAACUUCUUCAAUAUCUUCUCGAAGUCAACCGCGUACACAGCAACGACGCGCAAGAAAAUCUCCUAGUGAACUAAGCCGAGCUAGAUCAUUGUUCGCUAGGACAAGGCCACGAGAUAGUCGCGGUCGAUUUCUUCCAAUGAAUUUCAGAAGUACAAAGGGUUCCAGACAUAGUGAGGAAGAAUCGAGAAGUUCAGACCGAGAUGUACGAGACGCCACUGCUCGAAGAACACGCAGAAGAGGAGCAUCACGCUCAGCAAGAAGUGUUGAGCCUUAA